GUAUAAUGUACAAGUCAUUGAUUGCAGUUCUACACCAUAGAUACGUCACUGUACAAGAUAUCUACACGCCAUAUAUUACAUAAUUUGAUAACGACCUAUUAGUAUGGAUUGAGGAAUGAAAGAAUAAACAUUUAUGAUUGUCACUAACCUAUAAUGAGAAAUUUCAUUUUCGAGGACACGUACGAGAGAAGUGAAACUGAUAGAGAUGAUAAUCAAGAUGAUCCUUCCAUGUACAGUCUUGAUACUAACAAUAAGAAUCAUUCUUGCGAAAUCGUGGACUUACGACAAUUGUUAAAAGAUAAAAUGAGCAAAAACGAGAUAUUCUAUAGCUUUGAAAUUGUUUCUGUGAAGAUGCCUAGUUUAUUUUACCAAAGACUUCUCAGAGACAUGGAUAAAUUUUCACCUCUUUUUUAUGCCUUAACGUGGCACAACAAAGCAGCUUCCAGUAAUAAUAGUUAUUUGCCUUUGGAUCUGGCAGAGAAUUUAUUACCACCUAAUACUCUUUUGCAUCUAGCAGUUAAAGGUUUAAAGCGUGAAGAAGUUAUCUAUAUUUUAAAGAAAGCCCUUGCUUCAGGAAUAGUUAAUAUAUUUGCACUACAAGGAGAUUCGUUAUCCGAAGAUGGUGAUUUCAAAUAUGCGGCGGAUUUAGUCACUUUUAUUAGAGAGCAAUUUGGCGCUAUAUUUUGCAUAUGUGUAGCGGGUUAUCCUCAAAUGCAUCCAAAAUCGGUUUCAAAGGAACUCGAUUUGUAUUAUCUACAAACAAAAGUAGAAGCAGGUGCAGAUUUUAUUAUAACACAAAUAUGUUUUGAAUCUCAAGUCUUUAUAGACUUCGUCAGAGAUUGUCGAAAGAUGGGAAUUCGGAUUCCAAUCAUUUCCGGAAUUUUUAUACCAACAAGCUUUAAGAGUUACGAGAAAUUGGUUCACAUUUGUAAGCUUGAGAUUCCGAUCAAAAUAAAAGAUGAUUUGACACAAAUAAAGGAUGAUAAUCAAGCAGUGAAAAAAUUCGCAAUUGAUUUAACAAUGCAGAUAAUAACAGACAUAAUUAGAAGUGGGACUACAUGUGGUUUUCAUCUAUUUACGUUAAAUAGAUUGCCGUUGGUGGCAGAAAUAUGCAAGCGUAUGGAAUUUCUUAAAACUGAGGAUCUGUAAUAAAUAUAAUGAUAUUUGAUUUAUAUUUCAGCAUUAUUCUAAAUUAAAUG